GAGAAGUUUCGCUCCGAGCAACGGACGCCAGCAGCCGCCGUCUGAGCAGGAGGCGGCGCCGGGGCCGGGCAGCCCGGCACUAACUCGGCACAGGGACCUCAGCAGCAGCCUCCUCGCCCCGCAGCUCGUGUGCGGGACCCUCCCUCUCUCUCCGCCUGGCCGCACCAUGGCAGCGCGGUCCCGCAGACCCUGGCUGAGCGUGGUGCUGGGGCUGGUGCUGGGCUUCACCGCCGCCUCCUGGCUCAUCGCCCCCAAAGUGGCCGAGAUGAGCGAGAGGAAGAGACGCGCCUCCAGCCUUUGCUCCUACUACGGCCGCGCGGCGGGGGGCGCCCGGGCGCAGCAGGAGGCGGCGGCGGCCGUGCUGGGGGGCACCGGCUUCAGGAGCAGCCCUUGGGAGCUGCAGCCGCAGGCGGAGGAGGGCACCGUCCCCAGCCCCCCAGCCGCGGCCGGCGGGGAAGGGGAGCCGGAGGAGGAGGAGGAAGCCGGGGAGAAGCGGAGCGGCAGGCACGGGAGCAACCACAAUGGGAGCGGGGACUGGGGGGGUCCCGCGGGCUGUGCGAAGCCCCGCAACUUCCUCUACGUGGGGGUGAUGACGGCCCAGAAGUACCUGGGCAGCCGGGCGGUGGCGGCGCAGCGGACCUGGGCGCGCUUCAUCCCCGGCAGGGUGGAGUUCUUCUCCAGCCAGGGCUCCACCGCCCCGCUCGCUGGGCCCGGGCUGCCGCCGCUGCCAGUCGUCGCCCUGCCCGGGGUGGACGAUUCCUACCCGCCCCAGAAGAAAUCCUUCAUGAUGAUCAAGUAUAUGCACGACCACUACCUGGACAAGUACGAGUGGUUCAUGCGGGCGGAUGACGAUGUCUACAUCAAAGGUGAAAAAUUGGAGGAGUUCCUUAGGUCACUGAACAGCAGUAAACCUCUCUAUUUGGGGCAAACUGGUCUGGGAAAUAUUGAAGAACUUGGAAAACUGGGGCUUGAGCCUGGAGAAAAUUUCUGCAUGGGAGGGCCAGGAAUGAUCUUCAGUCGAGAAGUUCUCAGGAGAAUGGUGCCACAUAUAGGUGAAUGUCUUCGAGAAAUGUACACCACACAUGAGGAUGUGGAAGUGGGAAGAUGCGUCCGCCGAUUUGGUGGAACCCAGUGUGUUUGGUCAUAUGAGAUGCAGCAAUUGUUCCAUGAAAAUUAUGAACACAACCGGAAAGGUUACAUCCAAGAUCUUCACAACAGUAAAAUACACACAGCUAUAACACUUCAUCCAAAUAAAAGGCCAGCCUACCAAUACAGACUCCACAAUUACAUACUGAGCCGCAAAAUUUCAGAACUACGCUAUCGCACCAUCCAGCUUCAUAGAGAAAGUGCCCUAAUGAGCAAGCUCAGUAACAGUGAAAUAAAUAAGGAAGAUCAGCAGCUGGGAAUGAUGCCAUCUUUCAGUCGCUUCCAGCCCCGUGAAAGGAAUGAAGUAAUUGAAUGGGAAUUCCUGACAGGGAAGCUCCUUUACUCUGUGGCUGAGAAUCAGCCACCCAGACAAAGCAUUAAUAGCAUUCUGCGGGCAGCAUUGGAUGACACAGUGAUGCAAGUAAUGGAAAUGAUAAAUGAGAACUCUAAAUCUAGAGGAAGGCUUAUUGAUUUCAAGGAAAUACAAUAUGGCUACCGUAGGGUUGAUCCUAUGCAUGGAGUGGAGUACAUCCUGGAUUUACUACUUUUGUACAAAAGACACAAAGGAAGAAAACUUACAGUUCCAGUGAGACGUCAUGCUUACCUUCAGCAAUUGUUUAGCAAGCCUUUUUUCAAAGAGGCAGAGGAACUGGAUGUAAGAAGCCUUGUAGAGAAUAUUAACAGUGAUACUCAGUCUUUCUCUUUUCUUUCAAAUUCUUUAAAGAUUUUUUCAUCAUUUCAAGGCACCAAAGAAAUAGGAGGACAUAGUGACAAGAAAAUACAUAUUCUUGUCCCUCUCACAGGAAGAUACGACAUUUUCUUAAGAUUUAUGGAGAAUUUUGAAAAGACUUGUGUUAUUCCCAGGCAGAAUGUAAAGCUGGCAGUAAUUCUGUUCAGCUCUGAUUCUGGCCAAGAUUCCAGCAAACACAGAGAGUUAAUUAAAGAAUAUCAUAAUAAGUAUCCGAAGGCAGAUAUGACCCUAAUUCCUAUGACAGGAGAGUUUUCCAGAGGUUUAGGUCUUGAAAUGGCCUCAUCUCAAUUUGACAAUGACACUUUGCUGCUAUUCUGUGAUGUUGACCUGAUAUUCACACCAGACUUUCUCCAACGAUGUAGAGAUAAUACUGUUCAAGGACAGCAGGUUUAUUAUCCCAUCAUCUUUAGUCAAUAUGAUCCAAAAGUAAUAUAUGGAGGCAACCCUCCAGGUGACAAUAACUUUGUUUUCACAAAGAAAACUGGAUUUUGGCGAGACUAUGGAUUUGGAAUCACUUGUAUUUACAAAAGUGAUCUACUGAGUGCUGGUGGAUUUGAUACCUCAAUUCAAGGCUGGGGACUUGAGGAUGUAGACCUCUUUACUAAAGUAAUAACUUCUGGGCUGAAGGCUUUUAGAAGUCAAGAAGUAGGAGUUGUACAUGUUUUUCAUCCAGUUCAGUGUGACCCCAAUUUAGACCCUAAACAAUAUAAAAUGUGCUUGGGGUCCAAAGCAAGUACAUUUGCAUCUACCAUGCAGCUGGCUGAACUCUGGCUAGAAAAACAUUUAGGUGUCAGGUACAAUCGAACUCUCUCCUGACAUUCCAGCUCAUUCUGCCUUUUUGGGGGAGUUUACCUCAUUGUUGUUCUUUUUAUUUUAUUUUCAUAUUCUUAAACUCCUCUUUGUCUUCCAAAGGGUGUAUGUUGACCUCAAAAAAGAUGAGACUGCUGUACACUAAUAUUUCCAAUUCCUACAGAACUGGUUAGAUGUGUUACUUUCCUAUGCCCUUUAUUCAAAAUUGACUGAACUCAUGGCAGUCAAAUGAUCCCAUGGAGCACAUCCAUCAUGAGAGAUUACAUCAAAGGAGGAAUGUUCUCUUUGGGCUUUAGGAUGCAAUAUCAGUCUUUGUUGUGUUUGUCAAACUUAAUGUGAUACAAAUAUUUACUGGUGAAGGUACCACAAAAGUGCUUUAUGCUUCCUCUGGGGAAGGAACUCUGUAACAUAAACUUGAGUUUUAUAAUUUAUACAAGGACUUAUAUAUAUAUAUAAACACUACUUUUCUUCAUCUUAAGAAUUUUUAAAGUAAAUGAAUAACUAUGAUUGUACCUUUAUUUUUUAAAAAAAGAAAAACUGAGGAGUGUCUUUCCAAAUGCAACUGGUACUGGCUACCAAGGUCCUUAAAAGUCUUAUUGUAAUAAUGAGCUCCUCAUUAUUGUCUGCUCUGUGCGAAUGAACUUUAUUUUGUCAGGGGAACAUGAUUUAAUCAAAUAUUCAUGUACAUUUUAGAAGCUUUGUGAAACAAUGUCCUUCAUUUGCUGGCAAGAGGAAACUAUGACAGAACAUGAUUAUUUAUAAUAAAGUAUAGACAAACCGUAUUCUUUUUCAAAACAUAGAAUAAGUUGCUGUGUCUCUUUUUAAAAUAAGUCUCUAAUAUAUAAAUGAUUUUCUUUUACAUUCCUUUCAUAAAGCUGCACUUGAUACAAAGGGUGACAAAAGGUUAAUUAAAAUAGCCUUUUUUACAUUUGUGCAUUAAUAUUGGUAUUCAGAAACCAACCAUUGUAAAAUUUCAAAAAUUGUAAAAAAUAAUAAUUAUUUAAGUAUGAAAAUUUACUACUGCUGGUCAAAAAGUUCCUUGCCAAUAUAUUUAUUCUAGUGAAGGUUAUAGGACUGUGUUAAGAUUUAUCUUUCCGGACAGUCUGAAAUUGUCAUAUUAUGGAUCUGUGGAGUAUUGAAAAUGAAACCAACAUAAGAAAAAAUAAAUAUAAAGUCAAUUUUUAUACUUAGGUUUUUUGUUUAGGGAAAAUAUGUAAUCAUUUUAAACAUUGUUCAUGUUUUCUCUUCGGGUGGUGCUUUCUUGCACAAAUUUUCUUUUUUAUCUUUCUUUUUGACACACAUUUAGAAUAUUUUACUCAGAGUCUUUGGUAACAACUUGCAAAGCAUACGCAAGAAACCAUCAGAUUUUAGCCAAGCUUGAGUUAAUAUGUUGGAUGUAUAUUAUAACUAAUGUAGUUGACUUCAAACUAUAUUGCAAGAAGAGCUGGGCAAAUGAUGCAAAUAAAAAUCCCUCAAGUAUUUGUUCAUAUGUU